CUCUCAUAAUAACAAGUGCCACACCUCAGUGCCUUAGCUAAACUCCUAUUCACCUUUUCUAUCUUCUUUCUGCCUAUGUGGUCCACGUCCUUUCCAACGCAGUGCAUUGAAACCCUCCAUCAGCCAUAUAAGACACACCAUUUUUUUCAGAUGGAAUUCAAAGAAAGGGAUCAAGACAGGAAACUGGAAACAGACAUGGAUUGGCAUCACAACACAAAACUGCCGUAUGUUCCUCGCCCAGACUCCUCCUUAAGCUUCUUCUACAACUGCAACAACGACAACAACCCAUAUCCAGUGGAAGUGAAACAACCGACAUUGAUGGAUACAGAACAAAUGUCGGUUCCAACAAAGGACAACGGAAACAAAGAGAAGAAGAAAAGAUUAACAAAUAACCAGAUAGAGUUAUUGGAGAGGAGUUUUCAGGAGGAGAUAAAGUUGGACCCUGAAAGGAAAAUGAAGCUUUCGAGGGAACUAGGCCUCCAACCUCGCCAAAUCGCUGUUUGGUUUCAAAAUAGACGUACAAGGUGGAAGGCCAAGCAGCUUGAGCACUUGUACGAUGUGCUUAAACACCAAUAUGAUGUCAUCUCCGACGAAAAGCAGAAGCUUCAAGAAGAGGUUAUGAAGUUGAAGGCAAUGCUAAGUAGAGAGCAAGGUUUCGGGAACCAAACAUAUGGAGGUUAUACAGAAAUAUCAGGGGAAGAAACAGUAGAAAGCACGUCAGAGGGUCUAAGGGUUUCGAACACGGCACGGGGAAAGAGCACCAUUGAGCAAGUUGCAGAUCAGGUUUAUAGUCCUUUCACUGUGGAAGAUUAUAACAACACAGUUACACUGCCUCACUGCCACUGGCCUGUUGUGCCUUACUAGUUAUAUGUUAUCCCUAAUAUAUCUUACAUAAGUUUGAACUCUAUGAGUCAGCUUAAUUAUUAAUUAAUACUACUGUUAGUGUUGUAGCUAGAAGAUGAACUGACAUUGGGAUCCAUGCAGACCUGUGACUGUGAGAUGGUAGUUAUAUCUCAUAAAACAACGUACGUACUGUUCUGGGCAUGCAUAAUAUAACUCGUAGUUUCAAUUAAUUCACUCUUAGCUACUUUUAGAUA